CGGGUGUUCCUGAUCAAGCUCUGGAGUCAGCGAUACCACAAUCAAUUGCUGCGAUUUUUUGGUGUUAAAGUUCAAGCAUGGGUCGUGCUCCAGAACAGCAGAGGGACGACUUGUCAGAUGCGGCAUCUUCACGAGCAGACGCUCUCACACUCAACGAAGAAGAGCUUCCGACCUACGAUACUGCUGCGCCUGCGCAUUCAGGGACACCUAUCAUCGACGAGAAGCGAAGCUCAGCUGCGGGUCCAACAGUAGAAGCACCAUUCCGCUUUCCAGAGGCCGACCUACCGACUUAUGACACCGCAACGAGCGGUCGAAAACUCAUCGCUAUACCGCAAACGUCGCCAUCCGCGACAGCACCUUUCUUGGACUCUUGGUCGCCUGAUCUUCUGGCGUGCGGCAUCACUGAGGAAAGCUUUUCUUCAUUCCUAUCCACAUUAUCAGCAUUCGUAUCUGCGAAAGUCUCCCAGCAAGUCUUGCAGCAUGCUACGGACAUUGGCAAUUCGCUGGGCAAUCACCAGAAACAAUAUGCCAACAAUGUCAAGAAAUCAGUGAAACGUAUCGGCAACUCGGCCAAGAGUUUCAAUCCUUUUGGUGUUCUCGGCGGCACCAUUGCCCUCACAGUCGGCGCAGCCAGCCAUGUAGUGACUAGCGUAGUCACUGCACCUACGAGUAUUAUCAAAAAGCCGCGAACGCCACGAGAGCGUGCGUUCGCAUAUCUUGCUGCUGCAAACAAAGAUUGGUUCCAGGCCAGAGGACUGCAAGCGAUGUUGCUCGACACAAACGAGUUGGCGGCAGAGCUGACCAUCACUGCGCACGAGAUCGUCGACGCGGGUGGAGUCGCUGGUCGUGAUAGUCCGCAGGUACUUGCCAAUGGUUUGGAGAAAUGGCUUGCACCGUUGCAUAUUCGAGACCAGCAGGCGGCUGCGGAACUGGCGGAAAGUAGUCGUACAGCGGGCAAGCGAACCUGGCGACCGCAGUUGCAGCUCGGGCUUGCGACGCUUUGGCUCGUUCUGGUGUACGAAAGACAAUAGAUCCAAUACGGUGCAAGUAGAUCGCGGAUGUUCGCUUCCUGUCAAUGAUUAAAGUUGAGGAGCCGCUCGAG